AUGUGGUUACAAGACCUAUCCUUUAUGGUCGAUAUAACGAAGCACUUGUCAAAUUUAAAUUUAAAAUUACAAGGAAAAGAUCAAAUUAUAACAGCUAUUAAUGACCAUAUUAAGGUUUUCAAAUGUAAAUUAGAUUUAUGGGAAACACAGUUACAGAAUGAAAAUUUAACGCAUUUCCUAACAUGUAUGAUGUAUAAAACAAGUUAUUAUGAACCAAUUUUUUACAAAAAAUAUUCAGAACAAAUUAUAUGGUUGAAGACUGAAUUCGGAAAUAGAUUUCAAGAUUUCAAAUAUUUAGAAAACGAUUUUGAAUUGUUCACAUCUCCUUUUUCAAUAGACGCAGUAAAAGUUCCAGCACAUAUACAAAUGGAACUGAUUGAGAUUCAAAAUGAUUCAAAUUUAAAACGUAAAUUCAAUGAGGUUGGUGUACCGGAAUUUUACAAUUUUUUGCCUGUAAGGUACGUAGAAACUCGCAGAUUUGCUUGUAAAAUUAAGUCUAUGUUUAGUAGUACUUAUCUAUGUGAGCAACUAUUCUCAUUGAUGAAUAGCAAUAAAUCACCCGUUAGAUCCAGAUUAACUGACAUAUAUCUAAAUUCAGUUUUAAAAGUGGCUUCAUCCAAUAUUUCAAAUUAA